CCGGCGCCCCGCGGCGGCUGCAGCGGAGCCGGUGCUGGGCUGGCUGCUGCUGCCCGCACGCUGCUUUGCGCCCAUGGAGCUGCUGUGCGUGGAAACCGUCCCCCGCGCUCCCCGCGCCGGGCACGACCCGCAGCUCCUGGGGGACCGGCGAGUGCUGCAGAACCUGCUGAGCCAGGAGGAACGCUACAGCCCCAGCGUCUCCUACUUCCAGUGCGUGCAGCGGGAGAUCAAGCCCUACAUGCGGAAGAUGUUGGCUUUCUGGAUGCUGGAGGUGUGUGAGGAGCAGAAGUGUGAAGAAGAGGUCUUCCCCUUGGCCAUGAACUAUGUGGAUCGCUACCUGUCCACGGUGCCCGUGCGAAAGAACCACCUGCAGCUGCUGGGAGCUGUCUGCAUGCUGCUGGCUUCCAAGCUGAGAGAAACCAUGCCCCUGACCGUGGAGAAGCUCUGCAUUUACACAGACAACUCCAUCACACCUCAGCAGCUCUUGGCUUGGGAGGUCCUGGUGCUGGAGAAGCUAAAGUGGGACCUGGUCUCAGUGAUAGCAAAUGAUUUCUUGGCUCACAUCCUCCAUCACCUCCCACUGCCCAAGGACAAGAUGGAGCUGGUGAAGAAGCAUGCACAGACCUUCAUCGCCCUGUGUGCCACAGACUACACCUUUGCCCUGUACCCCCCCUCCAUGAUCGCCACGGGCAGCAUCGGAGCCGCGAUCCAUGGCCUGACAGUGGCUGCCAACGACGUCGGUGGAGAGGCCACCACUGAGCUGCUGGCCAGCAUCACUGGCACCGAGGUGGACUGCUUGAAAGCCUGUCAGGAGCAGAUUGAAGCUGCCUUAGCCGAGAGCCUGAAGCAGGCAUCCCAAAGCCACCAGGAGCUGGGCACCAAGACUGCUGCUUACCCUGCCAGCCAGCCCACCAGCACGCCCACAGACGUCACUGAUGUCAACCUGUGACCAGCCUCCCCCACAGCCACCCAGCCCCACCGCAGCAGCACCUCGCCCUGGACACCCAAAGGUCUCUGCAUCCCCCUUGCCCACCCCCCCCAGCAGCCCUCUCCACCUGCUGCCUGCUGAGGGUUCCUUCUGCUGGCCACCGGCGCAGAGCAGGACCCGAGCUGCUGGACCUGGAUGCUGCCCAUCAGCUCCUGCAGGUGGCCGGGGUGAAGCAAGCCUUUUGGUGGUGACAGGGCACAGGAGUGACUGGGGAGGGGGUGCAGCCCCCCAGGAUGAAGUUGCAGAUGUUUCUCAGUUGGUGUUGCUGGUGCCCAGGCUGGUGCCCAGGUUUGCUGUCUCCUCGGGGGUCCUGACGCCUUCCAGCCCCACGGGGGCCAUCGAUCAUGGAUUGUGAGCCUCCAACCCUGGCCUGUGUGGCCACAACCCUGCUGACCACCCCAGUCCUCCCUGGGCUGGGAUGCUCUGAGCUUGCAUGGCUCAGAGGAGAAGGCAGCAGGUGCUUGGUUGGGGGGGGAUCCUCAGUCCCGAUUGCUUCGUGCUGGCUUCUGCUGAGGCUUCUUGGGGGGGGUGGUGUGGCUGCUUCUGCUGGGAGCUGAGGGGGGGAACGUGUGGCUUGUUUCUUGUUGCUGUUAAGAUUUGGGCUUUGUGGGGUUUUGGCUUGCUUUGGAGGGGAAGCUGUUCCCCAUCUGCCUGGAGAGCAGAAGCCCUCCCCUGGGGCAGCAGCCUCCUGGGCAAGGUUUGGGUGCAAUCCCCUCAGCUUUCCACCCACCCCACUUGAGGCUGCUUAAUUUAUUGUUAACUGCUGGGAAAUGGGGAGGGAGGAAGACUGCAGCUCCUUGCCAGGGGGCCUGGAUGCUGUCUCCUCUCCUUCUCAAAGAGUGCCUUCACCCUUGAUCCCCUUUCCCUGGCUCCCUGGGCAAUGGGAGCCUUUCCCUUUGGGAGCUGGUUGGGUUUUUAGGUAGCUUAGCUGAUCUGAGUAGGUUUUCAGGACUUCAUUGGAAUGUGCUGCUAUGGUCUGAAAUCUUCACCCCUCUCCUUUUCCCCCCCGAGGCAGGGAUCUCUGCUGGUGUCUGGAGGAGGCUGUGGUCUGAACUCUUCCCCCCAAGGCAGGGAUCUCUGCUGGUGUCUGGAAGGGGCUGUGGUCUGAACUCUUUCCCCCUAGGUAGGGAUCUCUGCUGGUGUCUGGAGGGGGCUGUGGUCUGAACUCUUUCCCCCAAGGCUGGGAUCUCUGAUGGUGUUCUGGAGGGGGCUGUGGUCUGAGCUCUUCCCCCGAGGCAGGGAUCUCUGAUGGUGUUCUGGAGGGGGCUGUGGUCUGAACUCUUCCCCCUCUAGGCAGGGAUCUCUGAUGGUGUUCUGGAGGGGGCUGUGGUCUGAGCUCUUCCCCCUCUAGGCAGGGAUCUCUGCUGGUGUCUGGAGGGGGCUGUGGUCUGAGCUCUUCCCCCAAGGCUGGGAUCUCUGAUGGUGUUCUGGAGGGGGCUGUGGUCUGAGCUCUUCCCCCGAGGCAGGGAUCUCUGAUGGUGUUCUGGAGGGGGCUGUGGUCUGAGCUCUUCCCCCUCUAGGCAGGGAUCUCUGCUGGUGUCUGGAGGGGGCUGUGGUCUGAGCUCUUCCCCCUAGGUAGGGAUCUCUGAUGGUGUCUGGAGGGGGCUGUGGUCUGAACUCUUUCCCCCAAGGCUGGGAUCUCUGAUGGUGUUCUGGAGGGGGCUGUGGUCUGAACUCUUUCCCCCAAGGCUGGGAUCUCUGAUGGUGUCCUAGCAGGGAUCUCUGCUGGUGUCUGGAGGGGGCUGUGGUCUGAACUCUUUCCCCCAAGGCAGGGAUCUCUGCUGGUGUCUGGAAGGGGCUGUGGUCUGAAACCUUCCCCCCAAGGCAGGGAUCUCUGAUGGUGUUCUGGAGGGGGCUGUGGUCUGAAACCUCCCCCCCAAGGCAGGGAUCUCUGAUGGUGUCUGGAGGGGGCUGUGGUCUGAGCUCUUCCCCCAAGGCAGGGAUCUCUGAUGGUGUUCUGGAGGGGGCUGUGGUCUGAACUCUUUCCCCCAAGGCUGGGAUCUCUGAUGGUGUUCUGGCAGGGAUCUCUGAUGGUGUCUGGAGGGGGCUGUGGUCUGAACUCUUUCCCCCAAGGCAGGGAUCUCUGAUGAUGUUCUGGCUGGGAUCUCUGCUGGUGUCUGGAGGGGGCUGUUGUUGGCAUCUAGCUCUGGGUGGGUCUGAGCUGUGUCCAUACAGGGUGGGGGGAAAUCUGCUGCGUACUUGAGAAGUGAUGAUUGCAUUUUUGUUUGGGUUUUUUUGGGGUAUGGUUGUUGUUGAUCCUGUCUGCUAGUUUUUAUAUAUAAAUAUAUUAUAUAUAUAUAUUAAAAAAAAAGUGUUAAAAAAAUUAUGCUGCUUUUGGGAAGAGAAAAAUCCAUUCAUGAGUAGAGUUGGAUUAACCAAGCCAGAGAGAGAGACCUUUACAGGGAUGGGAGGCAGAUUUGUGCUGCUUGGUGACCUCUGGACAGGUGGAGCUGUGGCUGUUGUCCUCCCUUUGGUGGGGAGGGGAGGAGGGGAACGUAGAAAAGGAGGUUAAAAAUCUGCCUUCUUGGGUGCCAUUAGAAACAAAAAAGUCAUUUAUCAGGUGGGGGGGAAAAAAAAAAAGAUGGGGCUGCUCUUCUUCCACCAGCUUGGGUUGUAGAAAAGAAGUCAUCUGCCACUGGCUCCUGCUAGCAGGAGAGCUGGGGGCAUGCAGGACCUGUCUGCACAGGGAGGGAGAGAAAAAAACAAACCUUUUUCUUUUAUCUUUUUUUUUCUUUAAUAUAUAUAUAAAGAAGUUCUAAUUUAAGAGUAAAGUGGUUUUGGUGUUCACCUGCAGGAGCCCUGCUGCUGGGAGAAGUCAGAGAACUGUCUUGAUGUUGCAAUAAAGUAUUUUAAACCAUUCCAAA